CGUUAUAUCGAUUGAUCAAAUAAUGGACAAUAUUUCAGUUACCAAUGGAGCCAAUGAACAAACAGCUGCCACUCUUCAAUGGCUUCAACUAUACUUUUACGGUCGAUCCAGUGUUUCAAUAUCCCGGUGCUCUAUGUAUUCAAUGUACGGUGCAUUUUGUCAACAAAAUAACUAUCGACCCGUUUGUAAGGCAACUUUCGGCAAAUUAAUUCGUAUUCAAUUUCCAUUUGUCACAUCUAAACGUUUGGGUGCCAGAGGACAGUCUAAAUAUCAUUAUUAUGGUAUAGCACUCAAAGAUGACUAUCAUAUGAAAAGUCCUGAUGAUUGUCAUAAUGAUAAACCUCUUUCAAGAUUCUCGCGAAACGCGCGACUUCUUAACCCUAAUGACUAUCACGCGAUACUACACUCAUUGGUCUCAGUCGGAGACAUUCAUCACAUACCUCUCUAUCCUCUUAAUGACGAAAAACAGGUUUUUAUAAACAUAUAUAAAAUUCAUUGUCAAUGUAUUCUGGAUUCCGCUUUAGGACAUAAUUACUCUCAGGUUAGCAAACAAUUUAGUCAAUAA